GUCGAAGCCAAAACCUCCUCAGGUUUUAUAUACUUCAAUGAACUAAUAUAUUAGUUCAGUAGGAUUCGCUGCCUUUAAAAACAGCGUUUCUGCAUGUGAUGCCUGAGAUCUCUGUUUCCUUGCAAGCGGGAAAGCCCUGUUUCUCUCUCUCUCUUUCUUUCUCUCUCUCUCAUAAAUACAUAGAUCGCUUUAAGGCAAGCAAAAAACAACGGUUUCUCAAUGUCUAACCGUCUCAUCAAGAGAAAGAUGGGCGACUCAUCGCCCCGCUUCUUCUCCUUCUCCAAAAAUCUCCUCUUCUUCUCCAGAAUCCGACGCCUGCUUCGAUUCAAGACUGCCCGAAAGAGCUGCGUCGUAUUGGAUCGAUUUGAGAAGGCGAAACCAGAGGAAGAAAUGGAAGAAAGGAAGGAAGAAGGGAUAGAUGGAGGAAUCGAAGACGGGUGUAUUGUAUUGCAGAGAUCGGUGAAGCUGCUUCAUUUCGGAGAUUUGAAAGAUAAAGAUGCCGCGGCGAGAGAGAUUAAGAGAUUAGCGAAAGAGGAUUUGAGAACGAGGAAAUCGCUCGCGGCGCUCGGUGUCAUACCAACGCUUGUAUCGAUGCUCGAUUCGGAGGUUUCCGAGCAACGGAGAUUGGCAGUUCAGGUGUUGAUCGAGCUUGCUAACGGGACUUACACGAACAAGGCUCUCAUGGUAGAGGCAGGAAUCCUUGCAAAAUUGCCGCAGCUCGUUAGCACGCGAGACCCAUCUAGCAAACAAGAGCUGGCGAUCCUCCUCCUAUCUUUGUCCUCUCUUGCAAGUACCCAAUUCCCAUUUCCAUCUUUGGAAUUCCUUCCAUUCCUCAUCGAGGUCCAUGAUUCAGAUGUCAACGAUGAAACGAGGGCAGCGUGCCUGGCUACUGUUUACAACUUCUCAACUAUACUUGACCAUGCGGGAGCUCUAGUAUCGAGUGGUGCGGUCGGCACUCUCCUCAGAUUGGUGUCGGAGAAAGAGUCUUCAGAGAGAGCUCUUAUGACUCUGGGGAACUUGGUGGUGACCAUGGCAGGAAAGAAGGCCAUGGAAAAUGAUCCAAUGGUCCCAAAAGUCUUGAUUGAGACAAUCACAUGGGAAGAGAAGCCGCGAUGCCAAGAACUGGCUGCGUACAUGCUCAUGAUUCUAUCACACAGGAGUCGGGCCCAGAGAGAAAAGAUGGCGCAAUUGGGAGUGGUUCCAGUCCUUCUUGAAGUGGCCUUGUUAGGGAGCCCCUUGGCUCAGAAGAGGGCAGUCAAGAUAUUGCAAUUGUUCAAAGACGAGCGGCAGAUGAAAGUAGGGGCCCACUCCGGGCCACAAACAGGCAGGCUCAUGAUCGGUUCGCCUGUAAAUGAGAAGGACGCACUUGAAGGAAAGAUAGCCAUUAAAAAGAUGGUCAAACAAAGCCUAGAUAAAAAUAUGGAAUUGAUUAUGAAGAGAGCUAAUGCUCCUAGCGAUUGCUCUAAGCUCAAGGGUCUAGUUGUGAGCUCGAGCUCUAAGAGCUUGCCUUACUAAGGUCCCUAUCAAUGCAAUUUCUCUCAAUUUGUUGAAAUUUCCAUUGAAAUUGUACCUUCUGAUCAAUGGCACAUGGAGAUUGUAAAUUCUUGGAAAAUAAAAUAUGAGGCAAUGAAAUAAAUAACAUGCUCUCUUGCAAAAGAUCA